GAUAUACAUUUUCGAUAAGACAGUAAUUACAGGAGUAGGUGAUGACAGGUUUUAGGUGUGUUGCCCCGCACUGGGUCAAUGUGUUAUGAUGGUCGUCCACGUCGACCUGUUUCAGCACCCACCAUGAUCUUUAUUUCUAACAAAAUACAGGUUUAAUUAUAACUGUUCAUCACCUGUCUCUUUAUUACUGUCAUAGUAACUGUGGCGAGUCCUGUAAUGGCCUGCAGCUGAUGUGGCCUUUGAUCGCUCUCUGACAUAUUUAACCACGUGUGCUGAACGUGAAAUGAUUAGUGUUUACUUAAAGUACGUGAUACAAAAAUAUUCACACGUUUCCUUUUUCUUCAUGCUAAUCUAAACCUAAAAAUGUGAUGUUGUCGAGAAUAAGCUAAUGUAACUUGAUAAAGGGUCGUGAAACAAACAAAAACAUUUUCCCUCAAAUGUUUUUUUGCGUUAAAUUUUCAUUUGUGUUUGUUGAAUAGUCACGCUACCGUGGGGCUUUAUCCAUUGAGAAGACACUGUUUCUGAAUUAUUCAUGACAUAAAACACUUGAACACAAGAUGCUGUUGAAUGUGUAUUUAUUUUCGAGUAGAUUUCCAGAGAAAUGGCCACGAGUUGAUGCGUGAUGUGAUGUGCAGGCGUGUGACGUGCGUGACGUGACAGCAGCAGAUGAAGGAUCUCGUGUGUCAUGUCGGAGAUUUCUGCAGCGAGCGGUGGAGUUUCAGUGCGACGGGGUCCUUACGUCAGCAUGAUCACCAACCGCACCGCAAACCUGCUGAUCCGCGCUGCCGCGCUCUUCACGGUGGGCGUCUUCUUAGCGCUGGUGCUCAACCUGUUACAGGUGCAGCGUAACGUCACUCUCUUCCCUCCUGAUGUCAUCAGCAGCAUCUUCUCAUCCGCCUGGUGGGUCCCGCCCUGCUGUGGAUCGGCCGCAGCGUUGAUAGGUUUGCUGUACCCUUGUAUGGACAGUCGUCUGGGAGAGCCGCACAAGCUGAAGAGGGAGUGGUCCAAUGUCAUGCGCUGUGUGGCCGUCUUCGUGGGCAUAAAUCACGCCAGCGCUAAGGUGGAUUUUGCGAAUAACGUGCAGCUGUCCUUGACGCUGGCCGCUCUGUCCGUGGGUCUGUGGUGGACGUUUGAUCGGUCUCGCAGCGGGUUUGGACUGGGAGUCAUCAUCACCAUACUGGCCACACUGGCCACACAGCUACUGGUUUACAACGGCGUGUUUCAAUACACCUCGCCUGACUUCCUGUACGUUCGCUCGUGGCUGCCGUGUAUCUUCUUCGCCGGCGUGAUAACUGUGGGGAAUAUCGGACGGCAGCUGGCCCUGUACGAGCACAAAGUCAGCCAGGAGAAAAUUCAUCAGGAUUAACCGAAUGAAAUAAAAGCGCUGUGAUCAUCUGAGGGUUCGAGGACGGAUCAGUGUUGUGAUGUAUUCUGACUCCUUGGCUUCUGAGUGGGUCUGUGACGCCAGCGGGCUCAGUAACACUUGCUGGCGUACUGUCUGCAACGCUAUUGGCUGUGGUGAAGUGCCAAACUGACUGCGAUUGCUUGAACUGAAAGAGGCAGACUCCGGUGUGUGUGGCCAAUAAGACAGAUUAUUUCCACACGUCACGGACAGAAGAAACAUUGUUAGGUGUUUUGGACUUCAUGCGUUACUGUGCAGGCCGAUCGGUGUUUAUGGUGUGCUUGCAUUUCGCUCUCAUAGGACGUUGAUGACAUACGCUGGUUAGCCUGUGCAGAAAUGCAUGACGUCAAACGCACCUUUUCUCUUCACACACUUUUUUUUUACUGUUUUUUCUAUAUGAUCUUCCAACAGGUUUUUUACACCAAAAACUGCUUCAGUGAAGCGCAGGGUUUAAUUUAAAACAUUCUAACACUUCUCAUAUUCACCACCAGAGGGCGUCAGAGCACAACACACAGACGAGCUCACGUCACAAGAAUCUGCAACAGUUCGAUGUCACUCACCCUGCUGCUGUGAUCAGAAGUAAAUAAUUAAACAAGUGCUUAUUAAUGCUUUUAUGAAUACUUUAAUCCUUGAUAACAUUGCUUGUAGGGAUAGUUCACCCAAAAAUCAGUUUCUUUCUGCUUCAGAACACAACAGAAGAUAUUUUGAAGAAUGUUGAUAAUCAAACAACACUAAACCCCAUUGACUUCCAUUGUAUAAACACAAAAUCACAGACAUUUCUCUAAAUAUCUUCUCGUGUGUUUCAUGCAGAGCAGAUUUACAACCACAUGAGGGAAAAUAAAUGACAGAAUUUAUAUUUUUGUGUGAACUGUCCCUUUAAGAUGAUUUUACCUAUAGCUAUAACAUCUUGCUUCUAUUAGAAUCACCUUAGAUAAAAACAUUUGCAUUUCAGAGUUAAAAUGAAAUUGAUUUGGACUCGCAUUCCAUUGAGUUUUACUGAAGCUUAAUGAAACUGAAAGCUCAGACAGACACGGUCUGUUCAAUGACCUCACAUACAUUAAGGGAAAUUAUUUCUGUAUUAUCUUGCCUGUUUUAUUUCAUGUUUCUUUUUUUGAAGAUAUUGAGUAAAGUUUUUUGAAGUGUUAUUCUACAGAAACUGAAUGUGAAUCUGCCUUGUGGUUUACAUUUCAGCACAUUUACUGCUUUUGAAGGUUGAUGUUACAUUUGUUAUUAUGACAUUUGCAUUAUUAAAAGAUUGAUUACAUUGCUAUUACAACCAUUAGACUCUUUCUCUGAAAGUAUACUGUAGUAUGUCUUGAAGUUCUGUUUAUAAACAUCAUAGUUAAAAUUCAA